AUGUCCAAGGUUACAUAUGAAGCUCUUCAUCGAGUACCAAAUAAUAUCCUCUUUCUGCCAUUUCGAAAGGCUACCAAUCUAUCAUUAUCAGAUGCUAUAAAGCAAUACAUAUCCACCAAAUAUGAUCAACAUCCGGAUAUGUUUAGGCAAGACCUGGAGGUCAUUGACGCUUUACGAAGAGAUGCGAUACAUGUUCAAGAACCUCAUACCAGUGGAAUAAGGAAGAUAUCAGCAUAUGCGGGGCAACUUUCCUGGUUGGGGGGUAAAUUCCCUAUAGACAUUGGAGUGGAAUUCUCAUGGAAGGUAGCUCUAGGUUACAAUGCCGAAAGACCUAUCGUCCAAAAUAAUCUCAAAUUCGAGCUCGCAAAUAUAAUGUUCAACCUCGCCGCACUCUACUCUCAACUCGCCAUGUCUGCGAAUAGAGCAACAUCCGAUGGUCUGAAAGCUGCUUGUAAUAACUUUUCUCUUGCAGCGGGAGUUUUGAAACAUCUCAAAGGGGAAAUCAUACCGGAACUUCGCACUACUCCUCCUGAAGAUAUGGAUGAUAAUACACUUGAGUGUCUUCAAUAUCUCAUGUUAGCACAAGCCCAAGAAUGUUUUUGGGCAAAAGCUGUAAACGAUGGAUUCAAAGAUGGAGUGGUGGCCAAACUAGCAGCGAAAGUUUCAGACUUAUAUUUACAGGCAGGAGAUUGGGGCAUGAAGAGUGAAGCUAUAAGUGCAGAGUGGAUACAUCAUUCAUCAGUUAAACAUCAUCAUUUUGCUGCUGCUGCACAAUAUCGAAUGGCUUGUCAUUGUUUGGAGAAGAAACAAUAUGGGGAAGAGGUGGCAAGAUUGAAGGAUAGUCUUGUUUGUGCCGAUGAAGCAAUGAAAGAAGCAAAAUUUGUCAAUAAAGUGGUGUUAGGGCAAUUACAAGCCUUGAAGCUUGCGGUAGCGGAGAAUUUGAAAAGGGCUGAGAAAGAUAAUGAUUUAAUUUACCUUAAUCCUGUACCGCCUAAGACCGAACUCAAAGUUCUUGAACGAGCAAAUAUGGCAAUCUCUAAGGUCCCAAAAGAGAUUUCUGAGCCAAUGACUUUUCUAGGGGAUCAUAAAGAAUUUGGACCACCUCUCUUCUCCAAACUUGUACCAUUUGCCGUUCAUGUAGCAGCGAGUAUUUACGAAGAACGCCGUGACCGAAUUGUUCACAAUAAUAUCAUUGACGAACUUGAGAUUUUAACCACCCGCAUCCAUGAUACCCUUCGCUCCCUUAACCUUCCCGGCUCUUUACAGGCCCUCGAGAAACCUUUAGGUCUUCCUCCUACUCUACUUUCCCAUGCGGAAGAACUUCGUCAAGCAGAUGCCAUUGGUCGUAUCAAUCGAUCCUUUUCUGAUGCUGCAAAACUUAAGGCGUCAGACGAAGCUAUAUUUCUCGAGGCUAAAGAGUUGCUACAGUCGGAAGCCUCUGAAAAUGAUCGCUUACUAAGAAAAUUUGGAAGUGAUAGAUGGACUCGUUUAGAUUCUCGGACUGCAUCUCCGAAAUUAUAUAAACAAGUCGAUGAAAUUGAAGGUUAUUUCAAAAGUGCAGCUAAUAGUGAUCAAGUCGUUGUGGUAAAAUUCCGCGAGUAUGAAUCUAUUCUCCAGAUUCUUACUAGUUCGGAUCGCGAUAUUGGAAAUUUUGUCCCUAGCUCUCGACGAGUUAAUAUACCACCAAAUCUUGAAGGGGAAGUAUCGAAACUUAGGAAUUCCCUGAACGAAAUCUCAAGAUUAGAAAGCAGAAGGAGGAGGAAAAUCGAAUCGUUAAGGGAAAAGGCAAAGAAAGAUGAUAUUAAUCAUAGCAUUUUGGCCGAAGCCGCUCGUCUGGAACGAGAAUACCCUUCCACGCCUGUUGUCCCUGCACAUUUUGAAGAUUUCUUCGAGAAACGCUUCUCCCAUAACUAUGACGCAGAUCUCGCGUCUAUUAAAUCCGAAUCGGAGGAGCAAGAGAACCUCUUGCAACAAUUACAAAAAGCGAAUGCAUCAUUCAUUAAAGCUAGAGCAGGAGACACAAGCACAAGGGAGAGAGAACAAGCAUUACAGAAACUGGAAAUGGCUUAUUAUAAGUAUAAAGAAAUAGUCAACAACGUGGACGGAGGACGAAAGUUCUACAACGAUCUUGCGAAAAUAGUUGGAAGGUUUAGAGAUGGUUGUAAAGCAUUUGUAGCAGAAAGGAGAGAGGAGAGUAGGAGAAUGGAGGCGGAUUUAUCAAUGCCGUUGGCGCCGAUGAGUUCAUUGAGUUUACAUCAUCCGCAACCAGUUGUACAUCAUGCGCCGCCACCUCCGCAACCACUUAUCCCAGUUCAAAUGCAAGGUCAAGGCCAGGAAGUACAAAGUCCGAGAAGAGAAUUGAGUCCAAUUCAGGCGCCAGUUCCACAAAGAGCGAGUUUACAGAGUACACCUGUUAAUGUUGGAGGUGUGGGUGGCUUACCUGGAGUAGGAGGAAUGCCUGGGGCAUUUGGAGCUGGAACCUGGAAUCCGGAGUUGGGGAUUAAAUUUGGAGGUGGAGGUGGCGGAGCGCAGAAUUCGGAGGGGGCACCUGGAUCUGGAGCUGGGCCUGGGCCAACACAGGCACAAACGCAAUCGAAACAAACGACUUGGGAUCCAAGUUCUGGCUUGAGAUUUGGUUGA